AUGCAAUUAUUAAAGCAUACGGCUCAAAUCGGAGAAUCAGCGGCAAUUUGCAUGAUUGCGGAACGUCUUGUCAACAUUAGCCGACUCAGCGAAAGUCUUAUAAUACAAAAUACAACAUUUACAGAUUUUGGUUUCCUUAAAAAUUUGGAAGUGAUUGACCAAUAUAUAGAAGAAACGGAAAGUCGUGCUAAUUUAAUCAUAACUAAAAAUUUGAAACUAAAGUCUCUUGGAUUUUCGGUCAAAACGAAUGGAAUCACUAUCGACAUAAGCGAAAACCCAAAAUUAUGCAUUUCGCCUCAAGAAAUUGUCAAACUUACGGAUGACAAGCAAGCUGCAGACAAAAUAUUCGACGUUACGAUAUGUGAGGAUAUGGAGAUGCCAAUAGGAUACUGCAUUAUUCCAAAAUCUGGAUUGCUCAAGGAUCUUCCGGAAUAUUGCUUAUAUAUUUUUGGCGACUUGAUAAUUGACGAGAAUUUUAAUUUUCAAAAUUCUUACAAAUUAGCGGGAGUUGUCAAAAUUUUCGGAAGCUUGCAAAUCAAAAACACCAAACUACGAACAGGAAGCAUUUUUCCCACCCUAUUCACCAUAUAUGCUAUAAAACAUGAUCACCCAGCUCUUGAAAUAAGUAAUAACAAGUAUUUGUCUGACAUGUUCGAUGUGCGACUAAUUUCGCAGGUUUAUAGGUAG